CAGUAAUGAAGCGCGGCUACUCGCCCAGUGUCGCCAGUAGCGUGUGAACCCGCCUUUCCAAGCACGGUUUGAGCGCUGAAAUCCUGCAGGAGCCCGUCAAUUCAGCAUUUCUUACACAAUUUUUACAGCAGUAUGGUGAGAAGAGAAGGAGAUGAUACAUAUUCCGCCACUAAUUUGUUACACAAAAAAGGCUUUUGGACGAAUAGGAACAAAUUUGCCAGUAAGGGAGAAGAGAAGAAGGGCUUGUCAGUGUGCAAUAAGCUUUGCUAUGCAGUUGGAGGUGCCCCAUACCAGAUCACAGGAUGUGUGCUGGGAUUCUUCCUGCAGAUUUACCUCCUCGAUGUGGCACAGCUGGAUCCUUUCUACGCCUCAAUAAUCCUGUUUGUGGGUCGAGCUUGGGAUGCUGUGACGGACCCCAUGAUCGGCUUCCUGGUCAGCCGCAGCCCCUGGACCCGCUUCGGCAGGAUGAUGCCCUGGAUCGUAUUCUCCACUCCUCUGGCGGUGAUGUCCUACUUCUUGGUCUGGUACGUCCCCCCUGUCGAGAAAGGCAAGGUCGCCUGGUACCUGGUAUUCUACUGCAUCUUCCAAACUCUACAGACGUGCUUCCACGUUCCCUACUCCGCUCUUACAAUGUUCAUCACCUCCGAGCAGAAAGAGAGGGACUCCGCCACUGCAUACCGAAUGACAGUAGAAGUAAUGGGAACACUGGUGGGCACAGCAAUCCAGGGCCAGAUAGUGGGAGGAGCCAGUGCUCCUUGCAUCCCGGUGACGACUGACAGCGUCCAGGAGUUCAACUCCACCAGCCUGCAAGUUGGCCUGGAUGUCAACGUCUCUCAUAUAUCUCUGGACCAGACGAAAACAGCCUACAUGAUCGGCUCCGCUGUCAUCUGCGGCAUCUACGUCAUCUGUGCAGUCAUUUUGUUCUUUGGCGUGAAAGAACACAAAGAAAUGGGCCGAUCAAAGUCGGACCAUUCCAUGUCGUUCCUCCAAGGGCUGCGCCUGGUCAUGAGUUAUGGGCCUUACACUAAGCUUGUCAUGGGUUUCCUCUUUACCUCCCUGGCAUUUAUGCUCCUUGAAGGAAACUUUGCACUGUUUUGCAGCUAUACAUUGGGCUUCAGAAAUGACUUUCAGAACAUUCUCCUUGUUAUUAUGCUCUCUGCUACCCUGACCAUCCCAUUCUGGCACUGGUUCCUGACGAAGUUCGGAAAGAAGACUGCAGUGUUCCUAGGCACCGCGUCAGUCAUUCCUUUCAUGAUCCUGCUGGUCUGUGUGAGGAGCAGCCUCAUUGUCACAUACGUGUUGACCUUCGCCGCUGGUGCCAGUGUGGCUGCUGCCUUCCUCUUGCCAUGGUCCAUGCUCCCUGAUGUGAUCGAUGACUUCCAGGUGAAGAACCCGGGCUCUCGCGGCCACGAGGCCAUCUUCUACUCCUUCUACGUCUUCUUUACCAAGUUCGCCUCUGGCAUCUCCCUGGGCAUUUCCACCCUGAGCCUUAAAUUCGCAGGGUAUGUGACCAGAGGCUGCUCUCAGCCAGACGCCGUGCACUUAACCCUCAAGCUGCUGGUCUCGGCCGCACCCAUCGCGCUCAUCUUUCUGGGCCUCCUCAUUUUCUUGGUGUACCCCAUCAACGAGGAGGUCCGGCAAGGCAACCGCAAGCUGCUGCAGGAGCUCAGGGAAAGCCAACCGGACUCUGAGGACUCUACUGAGCUGGGAACUGUGUAGGAUGCAGGCCACACCUCCAGCGGAGUACUGCAGGGAGGGUGGGGGGCUUUGUCAUGGGUGUUGAGCACAAAGUGCUCAGCCACAUCAAAGGCAUUGUGUGGUUCACCAACCACCCCACCCCCGCCAGAGACCUUUGGGGGUCAAGGUCACUCGGGCUUCUCACUACAUGGACCAGAACCCAUUGAGAAAUUGUGAGCCCUUACAGACAAAAUGCCAAUGUUACAAAAGAAGUUUUUUUUUUUUUUUUGCGGAGGGGUAAGGGGAUUGAUUACAAUUCUUUUUUUAGUAUUCUGGAAAUGGCCACAGUUUCCACCAACUGUUACAUGCCUCAUGCCUACAGUUCUCAGGCAGAAGUACUGGACGAAACUUGUGCUUCGGAGAAGGUCAGCUGCGAUGAACGGAAGUGCACACACCCAGCGUCAGUGCAUCUUCAAGAGCCAAAUGCCUUCUGGGAAACUGGAAACUUAAAAAUAUAUGCAAGAAAUGUGAAGUCAUUCAAGCUGAUCUAUUUUUUUUCUCCCUUCAUUUGUAUUCUUCAUUGAGUUGUGGGAAACACCUGGGAAAGACGUUUGACAGUGGGUGUCAUUCCGGAUAUCCCGCUACGCUGUAUUACAUACAGUGACGUUUGGCAGUGGGUGUCAUUCCGGAUAUCCCACUCCGCUGUAUUACAUACAGUGACGUUUGGGAGUGGGCGGCAUUCCGGAUAUCCCGCUACGCUGUAUUACAUACAGUGACGUUUGCUGUAUCUGUUUCUCCUGCAAGAUUUUUAAAUUAAAUGUAAUUGUCAUUUUUAUGGCAGGCAUAAUCUACUACAUUUAAACUUAAGAGGGUGGGAAAAAAUUUGAAUUGGCUAAUGUGCCCCUCCUUUGCAGUUGAAUAAACAAACACUAAUUUCCCACUCAGCUGGGACUGUAAAACUAGGGGGAAAAAAUGUUUUGAUAGAAGGCUGUUGCACAUUUUUACGUGUAUAUAUUUUGUAUGUAAAUUUGUAUAUAUAUAUAUAUAUAAUAUUUUGUAACUAUAGACCCCAAUGUGGAAAUAAUUGAUUUAUGUUGUAGUGAAUUUUGUGACAUAAAUAACUGUUAAUAAAUGACAAGAUUCAUAUGAAAGCAAUGUUUCUUUCAUAUGAAUGCCCCCCCCCACACACAGUGAUGUACAUGUGAGCUGAUUGGUAUAACCAGCCCCUUUGAGAAAAGCUGGAGUGUAUUUUCACUUAUUGACACAAGGUGGCAGCGAUGACAAUGUUGAACACUGGGUUCACUGCAGGCUAUUGUACAUUGCAGAUGGAAGUUUAACUGAUGGGGGGUUUGUUUAAAACAAUUACAUUUGUGCAGGGGCUUGUUUGGUAAAAGUGGUCAUACUUUCCACUGAAUGUUGAUAUUCACACCAGGGUGGUUUAGUGAUUUCUAAUUCCCUGUUAAAUCCAGUUGUUAGAAGCUGUAGGCCAAAUUUAUCUUUAGAUGAAUGUCAAUACCAAGAAUGCAAAGACUGUACUUGUGGUCAUGGCGUGACCAGUCUUGCUAACAUCCUUCCAAGAACAAAGUUGGAGUGCAAUAAAUCAUGUGAUUAGUUUUGUUUGGCGAGGAUGCAACUGAUGCGUCCUUGACAUUUCAGGUGGAGCAAGAAUGACAUCCUGGGAUUUUUAUUGUCCUCUGUACUUUUGUUUUUAGUAUUGGAACUGGUCUUUGGCAAUGGAAGAUAAUGUCAAAUGGGUACAUGAGAACACAAGUGUAGCCAAGUACACACACGCACAUUGGGAAGCCCCCUAUGUCUCCCUAAGAGAUCUUAACUGCUGGUCAGUUGAGCUGUCCAUAGUCUCCCUAGCAUAAAUAUUAAACAACCCACAGAUGGUUUUAAGACUGCUAAAUCAAUCUGCUGAUUUAGUCAGGCACAAUACCAGCAGGAUACUCAGUCGAGCAUUUAAAUAAACCAGUAAGGUCUAUUAGUUUAAUUUGGAAUAAAAUGUGGUGGAAUACAUGUCUGAAGUUCCAUAAUAUUUUUAGGUUGCAACGAAGUUAGGUCAUUGCCCUCCACAAAGAUUUAAGGGUCUGUUCUUAGUAUUUAAAUGUAAUUGUCUUUUUUUAUUUAGGCGACUACAGGUUCAGAAUCACUUUUCUUGUCAAAGUAAUGUGACAUUUACAAGGAAUUUGUGACAUUUGACCUAACAUUUUGUUCCAAUACAAUCAAGAUAAUAAA